CCUGUUUUUCGUCAGUGAUGUCACUAAAAAAUAGCAAAUAGGAGCCUCAUCUGGCGACGAAAUCAAUAACUACCAUGCAACGGACCACAAGCUUUCUAAAUCUGUGUCCGCGGAAACGCAAUGAAAGCACAGCCAUCUAACGGUCGCGGAAGGAGUGGGAAAAUAAGUUUCACAGACUUAAGAUACUUAAGCUGUGUAAGUUUCCGUAUCUCGAUUGUUUCGUAGCUCUAUUUGUGAACACGUCAGGAGUUAACGUAUACGUCCGUAACAUUGGUCGGUGAAUGAUCGUGGAAAAAAUGGCGAAGUUCUACGCAUAAAGUCGAUCGUCAACAGAGUUGACAGAAACUUAUGAAAUCGGCUAAUGUCAAACGUGACAGGCGUAAUGUACGAAAAAUGUUCACUCUAGUCCGCGCCGCCUUGGUGCGUUUUGUGUGAUCGGCUGGAUUGCUUUGCACAAGCAUUCGGAAUUGGGAGAGGAAGCAACGGAAGAAAAAAAACGGGGAACCUGAAAAUUUAGGUGGUUACGAAACGUCAUAGAUCACAACACGGAACGGGCCACUUCAAGGCAAGACGUUCCACUUCGUUCUCAGUGGAGACUUCGAAACAUAAAAAUAGUGAUAAUGCGAACGACUGUGUAUCACCGGGUUCAACGGUGGAGUCGCGAUGACCUGAUUCAAUCCUCUCGCUCUAAAAGUGUAUUCUGAUUUUAAAUCGUGUGUCGUACAAGGUUAUGUGCAGUUAUGCGUCUGACAUUUGGAUCCCUUGCAAACGUUCGUCAAAGUGAAUCAUUUAGCCGUAUUUGGCAGUUAGUGCGACUUAAAGUUACGAUUGAUUUCAAGUUGUGUAGAAAGACCAAUUUAUGUUUCUUUAACGAUGUUCUGCUGCUCGAAUUUUUCUUAAAAGAAUCUCCCGAAAUACUACACGAAGUAAAGUCGAAGUACUAGCUGCCUAGAGUGUAACAAAUGAGUCAAAUAGAAAUGGAUCAGGAAACAGUAUAUGGAACACAUGAAGACAGUCAUGUGGUCAUGUCGGAAAAAGUCCAGGCUCUGGCUGGCAGUAUUUAUCAAGAGUUUGAGAAAAUGAUAGCCCGUUAUGACGAAGAUGUGGUAAAAGACUUAAUGCCGCUCCUAGUCAAUGUUCUAGAAUGUCUAGACAUAUCUUAUACCGAAAAUCAAGAGCGCGAAGUCGAAUUAGAAUUAUUAAGGGAAGAUAACGAACAAUUAGUUACACAAUAUGAAAGGGAAAAACAAUUACGAAAAACAUCUGAUCAGAAACUGCUUGAACUUGAAGAUUCUGCAGAAGACGAAAGGAAAGAACUUUUAUUAAAAAUUGAUAGCUUGGAAUCAAUAGUAAGGAUGUUGGAAUUGAAGACAAAGAAUUCACAUGAUCACGGUACAAAUGUCAAUGGCUCUACCAGUCCAUUCCUUCACAGAACAUCCCUCUACAUUGUUCGUCUUGAAGAGAAAGAGGCAGAAUUAAAACGAGAUUAUACACGGCUGCAUGAAAGAUACACAGAAUUAUUUAAAACGCAUGUAGAUUAUAUGGAAAGAACAAAAAUGUUAGUUGGAAGCACUGAGAGAUUAGAAAAUGCUACUAGCAGUCGUGGUCCAUCCCGUUUACCACCUCUUGGAAUGGCUCAUAUGUCUCGAAGUUCUGGACCAUUGAGUUAUGGUUUUCAGAGUUUAGAAACUAGUAUGAAUGAGUACGAAGUUCCAGAGGAAAGUCCACCAAAUGCUGCUAAUUUAAGAACUGAAAUGUUAGAUAGCAGUAGUGAAGCUGCUAUAGAAACAUCUGAUAAAAGUCAAUUAACAGAUAAACCAGCACAAGAAAAUAAAACAACAGCAAUUUCUAGACAUGAAAGUCCAGAAACAGAAGCACCACCUGUGUUAGUUACACCAACAUCACCAUCAAGAGUAGACAAAUUGGCUACUAUGACAAGUGGAAGGAGUAGGACAGAAAGAGAACAACGAAGUGGUAAUACUUUAUAUCAGGAACUCAGUUUUCAGGAUGCUGAUGCACUGGGUGAAAUGGAUGAAGGGGCAGAUAUCACAGGUAGUUGGGUUCAUCCUGGAGAAUAUGCAUCGUCGGUCAGUGACAACUUCUUCGGAAUGGGCAAAGAAGUGGAGAAUCUUAUUAUGGAAAAUAAUGAACUUUUAGCCACAAAGAAUGCACUAAACAUUGUUAAAGACGAUUUAAUUAUUAAAGUGGAUGAACUUACAAGUGAGCAAGAAAUAUUACGCGAGGAAGUUCGAGGUUUGCAACAAGCAAGAGAUCGUUUACGACAAAAAGUUGCUACUCUUGAAGAAGAAUUAAAGAAGGUUAAAGAAGAAGCCGAAGCAGCAGCAAAAGCAGCCAAGAGUGACGAUGAAGAAGAUGUACCUUUGUCACAAAGAAAAAGGUUUACUAGAGUGGAGAUGGCUAGGGUACUUAUGGAGAGAAACGAAUACAAAGAACGUUUAAUGGAGCUUCAAGAAGCAGUUAGAUGGACAGAGAUGAUAAGAGCUAACAAGACUGAUCCUUCUAAUAUAUCGGGAGGAAAAGGUUCAGUGUGGAAGUUUUUUAGUAGUCUCUUCACGGGAACUGCGGACCGGGGACCCCUGGUUCGAGGACCACAUACGUUAUCUCAAAUGAGGUACAGCGCACCAACAAAUCAAGUUGUUCCAGUACCACCUUUGGACACUAUGCGUAGACGUACGUUGAAAGGUCGCCAUGAGAUUUUCGACCAGGGAGACACCAUAUCUUCUGAAAAACUCGUAGCCAGACGUGCAAAUGAACGAAGAGAGCAAUAUCGUCAAGUCCGCGCACACGUUAGAAAGGAAGAUGGUCGAUUACAAGCUUAUGGUUGGAGUUUACCAGGAAAACCGAGCGCACCCGUGAGACAGCCCGUUCCAGUGCCAGUCUACUGUAGACCCUUACAAGAGUCAGAACCUGGCAUGAAGAUAUGGUGUGGCGCUGGUGUAAAUUUAAGUGGAGGUAAAACACGCGAUGGUGGUUGCAUGAUCGGAGGUAGUGUGUUCUAUGCAGCUGAGGCUCAAGAAGUAAGUACUAAUUCAAAGACCGAAGCUGAGGAUGCUAUUGAACAUUUGGAUAAGGAACUGCAGGAAAAUGAAAACCAGAGGAUAGAGGCAGAACGUUUGGAACAACAGCUCAGUUCUUUGGUUUGGAUUUGUACAUCAACUCAGAAUAUUAGAAUGAUGGCAAAAGUGACUGUGAUAGACGCUAACAAUCCAGCCGAUAUUUUGGAAGUAUUUAAUGUUUGCCAAGGACAUUUACUUUGUAUUGCAAGUGUACCUGGAGCCAAAGAGAGUGAUUAUGCUCAACCUGUUAAUGAAGACCCAGUUCGAACUGCCAAUGGAAUAACAGAUAAUGACGACCAUGAAAUAAAUGUUAGCGCAAACAAUGAACAGAAUAAUCAGAAAAAUAAGCAAGAAAUUCAAGUAUGUUCUGAGAAAAAAGAUUCAAAUAGUGCUUCUGAAGAACCAAAUAAUGAAAACCUUGAAAAAUCUGAUGAUAGUAAUCAGAAUAAUACAACCGAGCCGCAAAGUUUGGAAAGUGUAGAUAGUGAAACAAUAAAUCUUGGAAAAGUACACUUUGUGAAAGUUAACGUAGAGACAGCAUCUAUACAAACAAUUGAUCAGGAAACUAUAAAUGAAGAGAAAGAAACAAAUGAACCUGAAGAAGGUACUCCGAUAGAAAAAAUGUCUUCGAUACAACCAACUAUGUGGCUUGGGGCUCAAAACGGUGCAGUGUUUGUUCAUUCGGCUGUGGCUAAGUGGUCAGUCUGUUUGCAUUCUGUAAAAUUAAAGGAUGCCGCGCUCGCUAUUGUACAUGUUCAAGGCCGAGUUCUUGUCGCCCUUGCUGAUGGAAGUGUAGCGUUGUUUAGAAGGGGUGUAGAUGGUCAAUGGGAUCUGUCACAGUACCAUGUAAUCACUUUGGGUAGUCCACAACAUUCAAUCAGGUGCAUGACCGCUGUUAGUGGUAAAACUGUAUGGUGCGGAUAUAGAAAUAAGAUUCAUGUAAUAGAUCCAGUUUCAAUGACUGUUGAGUGUACCGUAGAUGCUCAUCCACGUCGAGAAUCACAAGUAAGACAAUUAGCUUGGUUGGGUGAAGGUGUAUGGGUCAGCAUUAGACUAGACUCUACAUUAAGACUUUAUCAUGCUCAUACUUACCAACAUCUUCAAGACGUCGAUAUAGAGCCUUAUGUUAGCAAAAUGCUCGGGACAGGGAAACUUGGCUUUUCUUUUGUUAGAAUUACCGCGUUACUCAUUUCCUCGAAUAGGUUGUGGAUUGGUACAGGAAAUGGAGUGAUAAUUUCAGUUCCUUUGUCUGAAAGUGCUGGAGGUUCAAUGGCAGUAUCUAGAAUUCAAGCCGUAGGUAGCAAAGGCGAUGCACCUGGAGUUGGCGUUAGGGUCUUUGCGUCCGACCGUGGCGUUACACCUGGAAGUUUUAUACCGUAUUGUAGUAUGGCUCAUGCACAACUUAGCUUUCAUGGACAUAGAGAUUCCGUGAAAAUGUUCGUUGCAGUACCCGGUCAUGGUGGUCAGAGUGCAUUGUCAGAUGGUUCUCAACCAGCCAUGCUGGUCCUUUCAGGAGGCGAAGGUUACAUAGAUUUUAGAGUUGGUGAUGGAGAUGACACAGAGGAGAGCAUUGAACGGUCAAACAAUGCUGUUACUGCGAAUGCUGAAGAAUACGGAGAACAAAGCCAUCUGAUCGUGUGGCAAGUGCAAUGUCCUGUACCAGUGCCAAUGAAUGGCUAACCUAGAAACAUUGAAAGCGUGCUGAUCCCGGUGUAUGAUCCAGCUUGAAUUUCUAUAUACGAAGGAAGCGUUCAAGUGGUUCUCGUUGCGCGUUUUCCAGUCAUCAAUAAAUCCUUCUCACUUCAUUUAAAUAAACACCGUCGUACCAACGCUCUAUCGAAUCGGUUCCAUUUGUAUUAACAACUCUAUAAUGGAAAUAAUGGGAAUAUUCAGUAACGACGUAAAGGGAAGGAUAAUACUGUACGCUAUCUCAGAGUGCUAAGGGAUUAUUUUCGACGUUUCUUGCACGGAUGUUCGAGUGCCAGUAACCUGCCGCGUGGUUUCUCAUGGCAUUUAACGAGAGACGUGAAUUCAUUAGAUGAGAAAACGAUUUUUUAAAUUAAAAGACCUAGAAUCUCUUAACUUAAAGCUUAAUAAUCGUUAGCUUCUAUUUAAAACGCGUCUUUUAAAGACACCUAUCGGCAUACCAAUUCGUUUUUGCGCAACGAUAACGUAACUUAUCAAGGAAAAUUAUUUUAUUAAUCCUGCAUGCAUCGUUGCGUUGCUGUCGUAAUAUUUUCAAUAAACAGAAUCUGCUACGUUCAUUUAGACGUAUUCCGUGCUGUUGAUAAGAAGAGCCCUGGGACGGCAUAGGAAUAAGAAGGGUCUCUUGCUAUGUGUUUUUGUUCAUAGUUUUGAUUGGUUACGUGUAAUCGCAUUAAUAAAUAGUAAAUUAGUAUCGAAAAUAAGACAAGAAAAGAUGAAAGUUGACCAAUUAGAACCUCAUUCCUCCCAGGGAUCUUCUCGUGAACAACAUGGGUAACAUAUAUCGCGUCCUGUACGUAGAAGCUUCUAAAUUAUCUUGGAAUCGGUCUUGAUUAAAUAAUGCUGAUAAAUAAAUAGCGUUUCUAUUGCCACCGAUCAAUGUGAUAACCGAUAAAGAUACGGGGCAAUAAGUUUCCAAAGCUGCCGCGACGUUUGCUAUUUUGAUCGUUAAUAAUAUCUUGAGUACCAUCGAAAGGUGGGGAAAUCUUCACACAGGGGUACGAUGCGCAAAUUAACUCGGGCAGACUUUAGGCAUAAUAUUGUACAUUGUUUCAGUUAGAGAAUACAUUAUUUUCCAAACCUAAGUGGUUUAAUUCGCGUCCAAUAUAUACAUACAUCAAAUGUAAUAUAUUUUUUAUGUUCUGCUAACAAUCUGUAAUGUCACGUUUAAAGCGCGUGCGCCAGCUUUCUUCGGACUUCAUCGAUAGUCUCAAAGAAUGAAUUUUCUGUACAUAAUCGUGAGAUGUUUAUAGCGCGUCGUGUAGAUUCUUAAUUUAUGUUCUUUUUAUAUUCGUUGGAAUCACAUUCUUGUGUCGACGAAUGAAAUAGUAACUAUUCCACGGUGGUGCAGAGCACACAAUGAGAGUACGUCUAUUUCUCGUUACUGACCGUUGCUACUUUACUUUCAUCGUCAACACGCAUAAUUACACCCCCACCUCCCCCUUCAACUACCAAAGACGAGGAGCGACCUUUAAUUGUAUUCUUUGUACGAAUUUCUAGUAAGGAUGGUUUUAAAGUUGCGUGACUAGACCGAUGUAGUAGCGAAUUUUAACUAGACAUACAAAUUUAUUGCAUUCGGGAUUACGAGAGAGUCGCCGGCUUACCAAAUUUUUGUAAAUUUCUUAUGUUUAGCGUCAGAAUGAUAUUCAAGGUGUGUGUACGAUAUGUAAGGGCUGCGCAAAUAUUAUUGUGCGAGCUCGCUUUCGGUGUCGAGCUCGGAAUUGUACCUGGCUCAGAUGAAGCUGCAAUGGCGUUAAUAAAGAAAGUUGCGAAACAAGAUUUCUCAAUUUUUCAUUGAAGCUCUUCGCAGUGAUAUUCUGAAAGAGAUUAUUGCUAAUAGAUGUGUAAUUGCUGUAUAAUUUUUUAUUUAAACUAGCGCUUAACUAUCAUGACUCCAUUUAUGCACACUUGACAAUUAACGUUCUUAUAAAC